GUUCGCUGUAGAUUUGCGCGUGUCGCUGCCUGACGCUAGAGGAUGUUUCUGCAGUUUUAUCUAAACGAGCAGGGGGAGCGUGUAUACACAAUGAAGAAGGUUUCUCCUGAUGGUCAACCAACCACUUCAGCCCACCCUGCACGCUUUUCUCCUGAUGAUAAGUUUUCUCGACACCGUGUCAGUCUAAAGAAAAGAUUUGGACUUCUACUGACCCAGCAACCCAGACCUGUGCUAUGAGACAAGUAAAGAUGACUUACGCUUCCUUGUAUUGAAUAUGUCUGCCAACUGUCCUUUAUGCAUUGGCCAGCAAAUUACAGCAUUGUGUUGGAAGAAUUCAUUCACCUUCUUCAUCCUAAUUCUGUGUGAAGGCAUGCUUCAGAAACUACAUGUAAAUUAAAUUCCAAAAGGACUUAUCCCUAUGUGGUACAACCAUUCAUUUCGGUUUUUUUUAUUACCUUUUGAGUUUUCAUUCCUAAUCAGAUGGGAUUUUCUGGUCCUAGUUGUGUGAUAAUAAAAACAAGUUUUCAGUUUG